AUGACACCCAAGCGCAACUCGAUCAGCAACUGGAAGAAGCAAGAAGUCAUCAACUGGAUUAAUACCGUCGGCGAAGGAGUGCCAUCGCGAGCAUCGGCGCACUUCCGUUCGUUGGGGUGGGACUUCGACCCGGCCACGGCCCGACGCUGGUGGCGCCAACGGGAGGAGAUUUUGACUGCGCCGCCAACGCGGAGCCGUGUCCCUGGUGGAGGUUGUAAGCCAGCACUGGGGCACCUUGAAGAUCUUCUACUGGAGGCGAUAGUGCUGCGCCGACUCAAGAAGGAGAAGGUGACCCGUGAGUGGAUAGCUGCCCAGGCACUUCAGCUCUACAGUGAGGUCUCUGACGGUCAAGUUCGCCUGUUCGAAGCUUCACCACACUGGGUCAGCGGAUUCAUGAAGCGCAAU